GCCAUGAGCGACAAAGCCACGGGAGGAGCGAUGCUGUUCGCUUCUGCAUCGAUCUUCAUUUAUUAUACAGCUUGGACGAUCCUGUUGCCCUUCUUCGACGUUUCCAGUCCCGUACACGAAUACUUUCCCUCGCGCGAGUGGGCUGUGCGCAUACCAGCAUUCGUCUUGGUUGUCGGCAUAUCAGCUAUA